AUGAACGAGGAUGACAAGAUAGACAUCGAUAGCCAACCACGGCCAGAGUCUUACGAAAGGUCUGGUGAUGACGAGAAAGAAACCCCUCAACCUAAUGACCGCAAUACCAUACUUGUCCAGGAUCAGCUUGAGAAGGACGGAAAUACGAAGAGAAAACAGCGAUUUGAAGUAAAGAAGUGGACAGCUGUGGCAUUCUGGUCGUGGGAUAUUGUUGUUGAGACGUGCGCCAUUUGUCGUAACCACUUGAUGGAGCCAUGUAUUGAAUGCCAACCCAAUAGUAUCAACAACUCAGCUGACAACUGUAUUGCUGCAUGGGGUGUUUGUAAUCACGCUUUCCACAUGCAUUGCAUUCAGAGGUGGUUGAAGCUGAGAGCGGUAUGCCCAUUGGAUAACAAAGAUUGGACAUAUCAAAAGUUUGGUUCAUGA